AUGCCCGACAACGAAUUCGAAGAGACCUUGAGGCCCUGCUCCUCCUCCUCCGCCAUCUCCGAUCCAAACCCUAAUCUUCGGAAGCCUCCCAAAUCCUCCAUCUCCCGGCAGCUCCGGCGUCUUGAUCCGCCGGAUGGCCUCUGUCAACUGCCGCGCCAACCCAUCAGAGAAUCCCUAGCUGAAGACAAGCAUGGAGAACCCACAUUUGCCCCUCUUCGUCCCCAGCGCGAUUCCCGCUCCUUCAGUUUGGAUACUAGAGGACCAUACGAGCCUCUUGUUCUCUCUUCUCCGGGUGAUAUCCCUCUUGUUCAGGUUCCUGCUUCGAUCAAUUGUAGGCUUCUUGAGCAUCAAAGAGAGGGUGUGAGGUUUUUGUAUAGCUUGUACAAGAAUGACCAUGGCGGUGUGCUAGGAGAUGAUAUGGGGCUGGGGAAAACCAUCCAGACAAUUGCUUUUUUAGCUGCUGUAUUUGGAAAAGAUGCUGAACUUGUAGAACAUCUUGAUAACCUCAAUGUUAAUGUGAAAAAAGGCCCAGUUCUGAUUGUAUGUCCUGCUUCUGUCAUUCACAACUGGGAAAAUGAGUUUUUGGAAUGGGCAGACUUUGAUGUGGCUGUUUAUCAUGGUCCGAAUUGUGAAAUGAUUCUUGAGAAACUGCAAGCUCAUUGUAUUGAAAUACUUAUCACCAGUUUUGAUACAUUCAGAAUUCAUGACAGAAUUCUAUCUGAGAUUAAUUGGGAGAUUGUAGUUGUUGAUGAGGCACACCGUUUGAAGAAUGAAAAAUCUCGACUGUAUAAAGCAUGUUUAGGAAUUAAAACCAAAAAAAGGCUUGGUCUUACGGGCACUAUAAUGCAGAAUAAAAUCUUAGAAUUGUUCAACCUGUUUGAUUGGGUUUCACCUGGAUCAUUGGGAACUAGGGAACACUUUAGAGACUUCUAUGAAGAGCCUCUAAAGCAUGGUCAAAGGUUAAAUGCUCCUGAUAGAUUUGUUCAAGUUGCGGACAAGAGAAAGCAACACCUGGUUUCAGUUCUUAGAAAGUACUUGUUAAGAAGGACCAAGGAGGAGACUAUUGGACACCUAAUGUUGGGGAAGGAAGACAAUGUUGUUUUUUGUGCCAUGAGUGGAUUGCAAAAGCGUGUUUACAAGCGGAUGUUGGAACAACCUGAAAUCCAAUGCCUUAUAAACAAGGAUCUACCUUGCAGCUGUGGAAGCCCUCUAACACAGGCUGAAUGCUGCCACAGGAUAGUUCCUAAUGGAGCAAUUUGGUCCUAUCUUCACAAGGAUAAUCCUGAAGGUUGUGACUCAUGCCCCUUCUGUCUUGUUCUUCCUUGUCUUAUCAAGCUUCAACAGAUAAGCAAUCACCUGGAACUCAUCAAGCCUAAUCCUAAAGAUGAAAUAGACAAACAGAAGAAGGAUGCUGAACUGGCCACCAUUGUCUUUGAUGCCGAUAUUGACUUAGUUGGUGGUAGUGCCCAAAACGAGAAUUUUAUGGGCCUUAGUGAUGUGGAGCAUUGCGGUAAAAUGCAAGCAUUGGAGAAGUUACUUCUAACAUGGACUUCGAAUGGUGACAAGAUUCUGCUUUUCAGUUAUUCUGUCAGGAUGCUGAACAUACUCGAGAAGUUUCUCAUAAGAAAAGGUUAUUGCUUUUCUAGACUUGAUGGGUCAACUCCAACAAGCUUGCGACAGUCUCUCGUUGAUGAUUUUAAUAGAAGUCCAAGUAAGCAGGUAUUCCUCAUAUCAACCAGGGCUGGUGGUUUAGGGCUGAAUUUGGUCAGUGCAAACCGUGUCAUAAUAUUUGAUCCAAACUGGAAUCCUGCACAAGAUUUGCAGGCGCAGGAUAGAUCAUUUCGCUAUGGUCAGAAAAGACAUGUUGUGGUCUUUCGUCUUCUGUCUGCUGGUUCCCUUGAAGAACUUGUUUAUUCUCGGCAAGUUUAUAAACAACAGCUUUCUAACAUAGCUGUUUCGGGAAAAAUGGAAAAACGUUACUUUGAAGGAGUCCAGGAUUGCAAGGAAUUCAAAGGUGAGCUAUUUGGAAUAUGCAAUUUGUUUCGUGACUUGUCAGACAAACUGUUCACAAGCGAGAUUAUUGAACUGCAUGGAAAACAGCAGCCUGAGUGUGAACAUGCUCACUGCACCGUUGACUCAAGCAACAUUGAGGUAGACAGUACUAUACAGUGCCUGUUAAUCAAUCCAAAAUUUAUUGAUCAUCACUGUCGUAAUAAAGAAACAGAAGAAGUACAUGAAGAAACUACAGGAUUCUGUGUUCUGCCCAUGGAUUCAGAAAACAAAGUUAAGCUAACGGAUCUGGGCAUUGUAUAUGCUCAUCGUAAUGAGGAGGUUGUCAAUAUGAGACCAGCUAAGCUAGUUAAGAACACUGAAGAAAUUAAAAACAGAGACAACACCACACUGAUCUUUUCCAAGACAAUGGUUAGCAAUGAUACAGUAGGUGCCUACAAGAGAAAGAUGCCUACCAAAGAGCAAAAACUGAGAGAAUACAAGCGGAUUGCGCAAUACAUGGGCAUGGAAGCACUUCAGUUCAGCAGGUGGAUACUCUCUGCAUCUCCGCCGGAGUUGGAUCAAAUGCUUCAAAAUUACAAGAAGAAAAAGAGCAGUGUGCAAAAGCCAAAUCUUAAUUUUGAGCAUGAUCAUCAACAUGCAGGUGUUACAUAGAAAUUGAAAAAUAAUCAACAAAAUGCUAACUUGUGUUAGUUUUAUAUAUCAUUUUUAAUUAUGUAUGUAAACCUUGCCACAAAGUUGCAUGCCGGGUUUCCUUGCCUGACUCUUUAUCACAAUCUCCAUCACCAGAUUCUGCUUGGGAGCAGGUACUGAGCUUGGACUGGCUUGGCUCGUCCCAAUUAUACUUGGUUCCAUCAAAUCAAAUUGAGCUUGAUCUGAAUAAGUGGGCCAACUAAUUAUGACCGUCCUCUGAGCAAGUGGUUGCUAAUUGACCAGAAAUGUCCAGAAAAGUCCUUGAGGCCAGUGGAGCUGAAUUGUCCUUGUUGGAGUGGUUGCGAACUUGGGUUGUUUUAUGGCUUCAUAAAUUAUUAAAUUCACAAGGUGAGAACAACAAACAAUCAAACAUGUGGGGGUCUUUGAUUUGAUUUGAUGAACCAUGUUUACAUUGUCAUCUUGUCAAUUUUGGCAGCUUUGGUAUUUAUGUUACACUUAUAUUUAUCCA